AUGACGUUCAAAGAUCUGAACGAGACACAAGGACUCCGCGUCUUGAUCGUCGGCGCUGGCAUCGGCGGUCUAACCGCCGCGAUUGCAUUGAGACAACAAGGACACCGUGUGGAAUUGUUUGAACGUUCGCGCUUUGCAAAUGAAGUCGGAGCUGCAAUUCAUUUGUCGCCUAAUGCGAAUGGUGUGUUGCGCCGACUGGGGAUUCAGGCGGAGGAUUUCGGCGCUGUAGAGGCCGAACAGCUGCGAGAAUACACACCAGCCGGAGAGGAAGUGCACAUCACAAAUCUCAAGCAGCACGCAGCAAUGUGGAGACACCGCUGGCUCCUCGUCCACCGCGCACACUUCCACGAGGGACUCAAGAAAGCUGCUCAGGGCCCGGGAAAGGGCGCACCAGCUCUCCUUCAUACAGCCAGCAAGGUCGUCGAUGUCGACCCCCAUGAAGCAACAGUUACUCUGGAAAACGGCCAUGUCAUCAAAGGAGACGUUCUCCUCGGCGCAGAUGGCGUGCACUCCCUAACUCGGAGUAAGAUCUCUAACGUGAAACCCGUUAGCUCUGGCAGGAAUGCCUUCCGCUUCUUGAUAAGUCGACAGGAAGCACUGGACGAUCCCGAGACGAAGAGUAUCGCGCAAGACUUUGGAGCUCUUGAUAUGUGGGAAGAUGAAGAGCGACGCGUGGUGAUCUACCCGUGUUCUAACAACGAAUUGUUGAAUUUCGUUUGUCUCCAUCCUGAUACUGAUACGACUAUCGAUACCGCGGGUGAUUCUUAUAAUCAGCAUAUCGGUAAGGACGCCUUGCUGGAUGUUUAUAAGCACUUCAACCCGCAGGUGCGUAAGUUGUUGGCCAAGGCCGAUCCGCAGUCUUUGAAGCUGUGGCCAUUACUUGAUAUGGAAACGCUGCCUACGUGGGUUGAGGGGCGUUUGGCGAUUCUUGGUGAUGCUGCUCAUCCUUUCUUGCCGUAUCGGGCUUCUGGUGGUGCCAUGGCUAUUGAGGAUGCUGUCUCUUUGGCUGUGAUGCUUCCUGGUGAUAUUGAGAAGGAUCGGGUGCCGGAGAGGUUGAAGGUCUAUGAGAAGGCUCGUUUUGAGCGUGCUACGACUAUUCAAGAAAUGACGCGUCAGUCGAGCAAGCCGAUUUCCCCGGAGACGGCAAUGGGGAUGGUGGUCUACAUCUACGGCCACGACGAGUACGACCACUCCAGCCAGGUCCUCCGCAAGCACCUCUGGUCCCAGAACCCACACAUGUACUGGCGUCAACCCAUCGUCUUUGGGCCAAUGCCUGGUCCCCGACAGGACUGGAUGGGCCGGGACAGAGCUUUAAAGUCAGCCCAGUCCACCUUCACAACAGCUUCCAUCAAAUUCAAGACCAGCCGGACUCUUCUGCAGAACCUCUUCCCGUCUGAUCGGUAUAGCUUCAUCUCACCCAGCACCGUGGCCCGAGCCAGUUUCUCGCAGACUACCCUUGGCGGUAUGGACUGGCUGGGUGGUGGUGGAUAUCGCCAUAUCGGACUUUAUAUCCACGGUGUGCAGUGUACCAAGGAAGAUGGGACGGUGUUGAAGGGAACAUAUAUGCCUAUUCUGUUCGAGAGUUUGGCUGAUCCUAUUGUUUCGGGGAGAGAGGAGUUGGGUAUGCCCAAGCUUUAUACUGCUAUUGAUGUUCAUCAGCGGAAUGAGUCUUACCGAUUGCAGACUAGUUGGCAGGGGGCUGUGUGGGGACAUUUCGAGUUGGAGGGGUUGGAGGAUCAGGAUCCUGCGGCCGAUGCUGGGACUAUCGGAGGUGAGGCUGAUGAUGGUAUCCUGGUUUAUCGGUAUAUGCCGAAGAUUGGGAAGGAGUGCAAGGGUCAGGCUGAGGCUGAGUAUCCCGUUUUUGUGCCUCAUGCUGCUGAGUCCAAGGUUGUGCCGUCCAAGGUUACGCGGUUGCAGCGGACGAAGAAGGCUAAGGUUGAGAUUCAGGGUCUAGACUGGGAUGCUUUGCCAACACUUCACCAUGUUAUCUCUCGGUUGGGUGAGAUUCCCAUUGAUGAGAUCAUUGAUGCCAAGGUUGUUAGUGGAGUUGGAGUUCCUGACGUAUCCUCGGCUAUGCGCAUUGAAUAG